AUGGUUUGCGAAAACAGAUCCAGAAAGAAGAGGAAGGCUCUUGAUGAGAUUAGAAAGAGUGUUAAAUUGCUGCAGAGUGGUGUGCAGGACGACACCUCCGGCCACCGCCUCACUCCUCUCGCCCUCCCUCCUCCCGCCCCCGCCACCGCCGCCGCCGCCGCCGCCGCCACCCCUGAGAAGACGACCGUCGCCAGCGAGUUCGGAUCACCGACCCCCUCCAAGAAGAAACCGCGAGGGAGACCACCCGGGUCCAAGAACAAGCCCAAACCCCCCGUCGUCAUCACCGCCGCCCCAGACUCCUCCGGCUCCUCCUCCUCCUCCGCCAUGAGACCCGUCAUCCUCGAGAUCUCCGCCGGCUCCGACGUCGUCGACGCCCUCACCUCCUUCGCGCUCAGGCGGCGCAUGGGCCUCGCCGUCCUCAACGCCUUUGGCUCCGUCUCCGACGUCACGCUCCGCCACCCCCUGCCCCACGCGCCGCCGCUCUCCCUCCGCGGGCCCUUCAACCUCCUCUCCCUGAGCGGGUCUGUCCUGGCGGGCGGUUGCAUUAACGGCAAGAAUGACAAUAACGAGUCCAAGAACGACAGGCCCGCGAAACAGCUGUGUCGUCAGGAGGGCUCCAGCCAUUUUGGGAUAACACUCGCGGGGUCCCAAGGGCAGUUGUUUGGAGGGGUGGUAGGAGGAAAGGUGGUGGCGGCUACGUCCGUGGUGGUCGCGGCGGCGACGUUCGUGAGCCCCAGCUUCCACAGGUUUCCGUCUGAAGGUGACGAAGAAGGUGGUGACCAUCAGGAGACCAAGCCAUGUAUUGGCGGCGGCGGUGGCGGUGGCGGCGGGGGAAGCGAGCCUCCUUCUUGCCUUAGUUCCGCCGCCUUGGCCGGCGGCCUGUACUGCGGAGGCGGGGGUUUGGGUGGUCAGGCGAUGUCUCCCGAGGUAAUGCCUUGGGGUGGCGCAGCGAAUUCUGCCUCUCGUCCCCCUUAUUGAGAGAAAUAUAGUUGAGAAUUUCAAGUUCAGUGUGGAAGAAAACGUUAUUUGUAAACUAUGAUUUGUCCUUUGUUUUCU